AUGCUGCUUAGACCAGGCACGGCGACGCCCGCAGCGCCAGCACUGCCCGCGACGGGUGACCACGUGCCAACGGCCAACGCGCGGCAGGCACUGUUUGGGGUCGCAAAGGAGCAGGUGGAGGAGGUGCCGGCGCGGGUGGUGGGCGCCAUCCCAAAGUGGUUGAGUGGAUCCCUGGUCGUCAACGGCGGUGGUGACUACUCUCAGAUGACUCAUUUGUUUGAUGGUUACGCGCAGCUGGUCAAGGCACGGUUCAAGGACGGCCAGGCGUGGGGGGCGCAGCGGUACAUCGACACUGAGGCCUACAGGGCGUUCAAGAGGGAGGGCAAGGUGGUGUACCGCGAAUUCGCGACGCCACCCGCCACCUCCAGCUCCCUGGAGGCACUCCUGAGCGGCCUGAGGGACGUCGUGGCGGUCGUGACCGGCGCCACCAACACGACUGACAACGCCAGCGUCAGCCUCCACUCUGUCGGGCCCAAGGGGGGCCGCGGGCGGCGGCAGCUGCUGGCUGUGUCUGAGACGCCCAAGGCGUCCUACCUGAUUGAUCCCGACACCCUCGCCACAAUCGGCCGGGGCGGCGCGCCCGCCGUUGAUUUGCAGCCCGCCGGCCGAAGCCACCCCAAGCCCCCGGGUCCGCCGCGCUCGCGCAACCUGCCGCUGCUGCCGCAGGCGUCUUUCCCGGACAAGGACCCCGAGACCUUGAAGCGGACAGAGGUCGCGUUCGUCGCCGACCGCCGCCCCCUGACGCCCGCCUGGCUGCACGACUUCCCGUCGACUGACGACUACGCCGUCAUCAUCGAGCACCCGCUGUACAUAAACCUGGGCUCCCUGCUUUUCGGGAACCCCCGCCCCUACGUAUUCAUGGACUGGCAGCCAGAGGACGGCACCCGCAUUACGGUCGUGCGCCUGGACGGCAGCGAGCCGCAGCGCGUGUUCGAUGCGCCGCCCUUUUUUGUGUUCCACUACGGCCAGUGCUACGAGGCCACCGCCGCCGACGGCUCGCGGCAGCUGGUUGUGGACAUGGCGGCCUACGACGACCCCACCAUCCUCAACGACCUCGGCCUGCAGCCACUAAAGGAGCCCCAGCGCCAGGUGUCUCAGAGCUACUACAAGCGCCUGACCAUCCCCCUCAGCGGCCCAGCCACCUCCUUGCCCGCGCCCACCCCGCUGGCGGCAGACCCCUCGGCCAACGAUUUUUGCGAGUUCCCGGCCAUCAACCCCGCCUUCAGGGGCCGCCCCUACCGCUACGCCUAUACGCUGUCGGCCGUGCGCCCCACCAACAUGGGCAACGCGCUGAGCCGGAUCGACGUGGCGACCGGGGAGACGCUGACGUGGCACCAGCCGGGCGCGGCGAUUGGCGAGCCGCUGUUCGUCGCAGCGCCGGAAGCGGCCGCAGAGGACGACGGGGUCGUGCUCGCGCCUGGCGCGGCGCCAAAUGGCGGCGGCUUUGUGGUAGUGUUGGAUGCGAAAACCAUGGCGGAGCUGGGGCGCGUCGAACUGCCGUUUGAGGCGCCUUACCGCUUCCACGGCAUCUGGCUGGACGGCCGGGAGUAG